GCCAUCAGCGAGCACGCGCUCGCGCACCCCCAGGAGGCCGCUGCCCACUCGCUCGCGGGCUGGGAGGCGAUCUGGGGCGACGAGUACGACCCGACUGCGCCGUGGUGCCAGCCGCCCAAAGCUUUCGAGAGGGAGGAGUACAAGACGCCACCCAUCAUGCCCAAGGACGUGCUGGUGGAGGCCAGUGGCAAGUUCCGCGCCAAGACGGGCCUCGGAGAGUCGGAUUGGCAUCCGCGACUCUGGAAGCAGGGAAGCGUCCAAGGAGCAGCGCGCGUGGCAAGCGUGCUCAACGCGGUAGAGGCGGGGUCGCCAUGGCCCGAGCCUCAAUCCACCAUCUUGUUCUGCCUGCUCGCGAAGCCCGCAGGAAGCUACAGGAACCUCGGCUUGAUCCCAGAGCUGGCGAGGUUGUGGGAGACCAUCCGCUUCCCUUACGCCAGGCGCUGGGAGGAGGCGAACAGACGGGCUUACGACUGGGCUGCCGAGGGCCGCUCAAGCGAGCGGGCGGCCUGGGACCAGGCGCUCUUCUGCGAGGCGAACGUCGCGGAGGGGCUCGCGUGCGCCGUGACGUACUUUGACUUGGUCCAGUGCUUCGAGUACGUGACCCACGAGCUGGUCGUCCUCAGGAUCUACGCGAUGGUGAGGCGCAUUGUCCUCGACGGGUGCUACACGCGCGGGCGGCGCUGGGCCAGGAGCAGGUUAGCGCCCUUCUGCCUCAAGACGGUCCUUUACAUGGAGUUGGACGGGAUCGUCCAAGCCUUCCGGUGGGCGGACACCUGCCUGUUUUUCGACGACCUGGCGAUGACACUGGUCAACAUGUUCGAGGGGGUCCUGGACAUGCGGGUCUCCCAGGGCGAGGAGGGCAAGACAGUCACCCUGGCCCCGACCUCUGCCUUGGACGCGGAGCUCGGCAAGCGCAUCAGCACCCACGGAGUGAAGAUGGUGAAGGAAGAGAAGCACCUCGGCGUGACGACGGCUGUGGGCAAGUACAGGCGAGUGGGCGCCUUCAGCAAGAAGGCAAUCAAGUUCGCCGCCAGACGUGAUCGGAUCGCGAGGGUCCGACGAAUCCGGCGACCAUCACACCAGGUGAUCAGGCACGCCAAGGUGCCGUCGUUGCUCUACGGCGAAAAGCUCAUGGGCAUGGCCGACACCAAGCUGGGCGAAUUGCGGCAGAGCGUGGCGACGGCCAUGGCUGGCAACGCCAAGGGGCGGUCCACGUACCUGACGCUGCUGGCCGACGACGUGGACCCAG